UAGGAGGCAUCCAUCUGUCCAUGCCUUAGUGGUUCGGGUCGGAAUAUUUAUGCUCUGGACUUUCUGUACUUCCUGCUGUGCAUGCUCGCUCUCUCCCCGUGCAUUGCGCGCUCCACGCCGGCAUUCCCAAGGUUAUGUGCGGCCGUGGGUCAAGAGUUCCACGCGCGGAUAAGCCGCUUGGCUUCCCUCAUCCACGUCGCCUCGUGCUUUCAAGUUAACGUAGACGGAUUCCGUUUACGCCCGCGUCUCGUCAUCCGGCAGUUUCUGCGCUCGAUCUGCUCAUUCCGCUGCUCUGUUGACCUGCCUUUGCUCCUUCGCGGAUCACGCCCUACUACUACCGCACAAUCACGCGCUUACUCCUCUCCGCGUGAACCUGCACGUUCCGCCCGUCUGUGAUCGCACGCGGACCAGACACACCGGACCCACAUUGGCGCGUUCGCUCGUUCCGGAGCCCACCACUCCGCCAUGGCCAGCAGUAGCGGCGGCGGCGGGAGCGGCGGAGGCAGUGCGCGGUCGGUGCGCGAGCUCAAGAGCAUGUUCGGAAAGCCUGCCGCGCCGUCAGCCGCCGCUUACGUCAGCAAGCUGCAGGCCGUGACGGCUAAGGACCAGCCCGGGGGCCAGGGUGGCGGAAAACCGGCGGAGGAUUCCCCCCUCUCCGCGGCGCAGCAGGCGUUCCGCUCCCCCUCGCCGCUGGCGCUUCCCCACCAGCAGGAGAAGGGGAUUCCGGCCAGCGCCUCGCUUCCGCCAAAUGCGCGUUCCGCCUCCCCUUCCCCCAUCCCCGCGCGCACCAUCCUCACCACCCCUUCCCAGCUCGCCCCCCAGCCUUCCCCCUCCCAACCCGCUGUCAGCAGCAAGCCUGCAGCGGGCGCGGAGGAGCGGGGCGGAGGCGGAGGGGCAGGCGGAAGGGAGGCGGGGACGGCUAGCGCGGUGCACACACAGCUGAGCAGCGACCAGGCAGCGCGCCUGAAGCAAGCAGAGGAGAGCCUCGAGGCGACCAACUACGAGCUGGCGGCGCUGCGGGCGAAGCACAACGAGAAGACGGCGCGGCUCAAGGCGCUGCAGGAGAGCAAUGUGACGCUCAAGCACAAGGCCAAGGGGCUGGAGGCUGAGCUGGAGAAGCAGGCAUCUGAGCUGGCAGCAGCGAGUGGAGAGCUCGAGAAGGAGAAAGCAGCGCAUGCAGUGGUGGCUGCAGAAAUGGGAGGUAUCAAGUCUCUGUAUGCCCUGCUGCAAGAGGAGCAUGGGAGAGUGGUAUCAGAGCAGGAGAGGCUGGUAGGGGCAUAUGCGAGGGAGGUGGAGGAGAAGGGGGAGGUGAGGGCAGAGAAAGCAGCACUCGCUGCUAAGGUUGCCGAGAUGGAGGCUCGGGUUGAAGUCGUGAAGGAGGAACAGGCUCGGGCGGCUGCCGAGGCUGAGGAGGCUCGGAGCAAAGUCAAGGCCGAAGCUGAGGAGGCUCGGCUGGAGCUGGUUCGGAGGGAGGAGGAAGUGAAGCUGCUGAGGCAGCAGAGAGAGGAGGAGGUUGAAGCAUUGAAGCAGCAGCAGCAACAGCAGGAGGAGAUUCAAGCAUUGAAGCAGCAGCAGCAACAGCAGGAGGAGAUUCAAGCAUUGAAGCAGCAGCAGCAACAGCAGGAGGAGAUUCAAGCAUUGAAGCAGCAGCAGCAACAGCAGGAGGAGAUUCAAGCAUUGAAGCAGCAGCAGCAACAGCAGGAGGAGAUUCAAGCAUUGAAGCAGCAGCAGGCUGCAGGUGCGAAAGAUGCAACCACUUGGAAGAGAAUGGCUGACACGCAAGCUGCUGAGCUGGCAACCGUCAAGGCUGAGCUGGCAGCUGCCCAUGCUGAGCUGGCCGAAGUGAAGGUGGAACGUGAGGAUAAGGUGCGUGAGCUGGCAGCAGCUGCUGACGAAGCAGAGGCGAAGGGGAUCGCAGUGAAGGAGAGGGAGGAGAUCUGCAGCAAGCUGUCAGCUGAGCUGGAAUCGCUGAAGGCUGAGCUGGAAACUCGUAACGCUGAGCUGGCAGCGCUGACAGUAAAAGACGAGGGGAUAGCAGCGGCAGUGAGGGAGCAGAUACAGGCCCGGAGUGAAGCAGAGGGGCAGGUGAGAGAUGCGCAGAGGGAGGUGCAGCUGGUGCAGGCUCAGCUGGGGGAGGAGCUUGAGGAAGAGAGGGGAAGGUUCGCCACUCGUGUUGACGCUGCUGCUGUUGCUGCUUCUGCUGACGUGGCGUCGGCUGCUGCGCUGUCGGAAUCGCUGCGUGCCAGGCUGGCAGCAGCGGAGGCACGAGAGAAGGAGCUAGAGGCGAGGGUGGGGGAGAAAGAGAGAGAGUUAGUGCAAAGGGUAGAGGAGAAAGAGCAAGAGCUGGUGAAGAAGGUAGAGGAGAGGGAACAGGAGAUGGUGAGGAGGGUGGAGGAGGAGGAGGUGAGGGCAGGAGCAGCUGUGAGAGCAGCGGAGCAGAGAGAGAAGCAGCUGGUGCAGAGGGUGGAGGAGGAGGAGGCAAAGGCGGCAGCGGCGAUGGCAGGAGGGGAGGCAGCGGUAGCAGAGGCGGGCGCUCUGAAAGCCGAGCUAGAGGCAGUGCGAGCAGAGCUGGAAGCAGCACAAGGAGAAGCGGAGGCUAGGGAAGCAGAGUUGAAGGCAGCACAAGCCGAGGCAGAGUCAACGAGGGGCGCGCUGAGAGCAGCGCAGGGAGAAGCGAAGGCAGUGCAGGCGCAAGUGGCGGUGCUGACAGCGGACGGGGAGCAGCUGAGGGACGCCUUGGGGGAGGUGAGCCGGAUGAAAGAGGCCCUGCAGGGGGAGGCGAAGGCUGUGCAGGGACAAGUGGCAGCGCUUACUGCCGAUGGGGAGCAGCUGAGGGACGCGCUGGGCGAGGUGCAGCGGCAGCUGCGCGUGAUGACCCGGCUCAAGGAGGCCCUGGAGGGCGAGGUGAGGAAGUGGCGCGAAGAGGCGGUGAUCCGACAGAAGGUGGAGGGCGAGGGGGAGAGUGGACGGGGGGAGAGAAGGGUGAGUGGCAUGUGGCGCAGUGCCAUCGAUGGCGCUCUCCUGCUGCAGCAGCACGGGCAGCAGCAUCAGCAGGGGCAGCAGCAGCAGCAGGGGCAGCGGAGGCUGGUAUCGAGCAUGUCAGUUGACAGCACCCAGCUACAGCGACAUCUGCCACAGAGCACCAGUGGAGAUGCUCUUACUCCUGCUCCACCUGCUGCUGCCCCUGCCCCAGUUAUCACCUCCACUUCAGAUGCACCUACCCCAGGCGGCACUACCACCAGCACCUUAACUGCAGCAGCUGCACCUACAGCAGCAGCAGCCUCCCCUGCCGCCUCGCUGCCACCUCGCCCCACCACUCCAGCCUCGGCUCCUCCCAAGGUCUCCCAUGGCUCCCAGCCCGUCCCACUGCUCGCCCUGCCUACUCACGCCGCUGCCUCUCCUAGUAACACCAUUGGGACGUCUCACCCAGACAACCACCCAGCUGCUGCUGCUGCUGCUGCUGCUGCUGCUGCGGAUGGCACAGCAGCAGGUGCAGGCCCAGGCCCAGGCUCAGAGCACGUGUCCGCGGAGCAGGUGAUGCUGCGUGCAGGUGCUCCAGUGGUGGGAGAAGGUGAUGUGAUUGGAGGAGGCAUUCGCCCGGAUACCGCUGCCUCCGCCCCUCACCCGGCCACUCCCGCCCCUGCCACGCCAGUCGUCCCUCCCACUGCGCCCAGCCCGCACACCAUUCCUCACUCUGCGACAGCCUCUCGCAGUGGCUCCCUCACUCCCACCCUCGGCUUCACCCAUUUCAUCCAUCGCGCAAAGACCGAGUCUAGCAAGGCCCGCCCCUCCUCAGCUGAUUUCUCCUCGGUUGUAAAAGCGGUUCGACUUGCCUCGGCCUUCCGUAGCCCUGGGAAAGGCAACGCCAGCCCUGCAGGUCAGGGAAGCCCAAGCCGGAGCCACAGGCCCGGGAGCCCAGGUACGGCGAGUGCAGGGUCGAAGGCAGGUAGUAGUGGGGGAGGGACGCUGAGGAGGAUUGGCACGGGGAUGGUGGGACGGUGGAGAGGUGGGGGUCACAGUGGUGGUUUAGCCACUGGGGUCAGUGGUGCAGAGCCCCAGGCUGAUUCAGAGGAUGUUCAGCCUGCAUCUGCACCUCACAGUCAGAGUGAUCUGCACUAGGCCUUGGUCGCAGGAAGUCAAUACUUGUGCCAAGUUUAGUUGGUAGGUUGGCUGAGUUGGUUAGCCUUACAUUGUGGUUUGUGACUUGAUACAGUGUUGGGUCGUAUGGUAGCGAAAACCCUAGUGUGACGGGUAGAAUGUAGGUCAAAUUUUUAUUGUGAUUUGAUGUAGUAU